CUUCACAUCAACUUUUUCUUCAACUUUUACUUUCUACAUUUCUACAUUACUCACAAUGACUGAAGAAGUUUCCAAAGCCUGGCCUCUUGCUGAUGCCGCCCUCACCAAUUCGAUCAUGGAUCUGGUUCAGCAGGCAUCUCACUAUAAGCAGUUGAAGAAGGGCGCUAACGAGGUUACCAAGACUCUCAAUCGUGGUAUUGCCGAAUUCAUUGUUAUGACCGCCGACACUGAGCCUAUUGAGAUUUUGUUGCAUUUGCCUCUUCUUUGUGAAGACAAAAACGUUCCCUAUGUCUUUGUUCCUUCCAAGACCGCUCUUGGCCGCGCCUGUAGUGUCUCUCGGCCUGUUAUUGCCUGCUCAGUGACUUCGAAUGAGGGUUCUGACCUCAAAGCUCAAAUCUUGACCAUUAAGUCCCAGAUCGAGAAACUCUUAAUUUAGAACAACCCUGUAUAACAUCCACAUCUUGUUGCAUCAAAGAAUAAAUCUUUUUAUUUUAUGGAUCGUCUCGUCACUUCA